AUGAAUGCCCUCGUUUGGCUAUCUGCAGCAUUGAAAGGAGACGUGAAAGGGUCGGGACUCCACGAGCCCGUAUACAAAGGAAAUAUUAGUGAAAAGGCGUCCAUACGAAUCGAGUGGCCAGGGUACAAACCUUAUGCGCAACAAGUGAACAUCAGGAGAACCUCAGAGAAGGGGACACAAUCCAUCACUAUCAUAAAGUUUAUACAGGAGAUAGCGAAACAAGUGCAGGUCAUGAUCAAGGAAUUUGCCGGCGUGAAGUGUACCAUGCCUGAGUGGGACUUGUCUCCCAGAGGUUCCAUUACCUUUGAUCAAAUCGUGCUCCUGGAAGUGAGACAGGUUUCUCUGGGCAGCUUUCAACCUAUUCUGGCAGUGGCUCGACAAUGUCAUUCGUCAUAUACUUAGCACAAGUUGUAUGCACCAGUAUGCGUUGUCGAACGAAGCAGAUUGCCUGGCUUAGAUAAGCAGAUAGGCACACCAGUCACGUAUUAUGUAUAUAUUUCGCAG